GUAGCCCAUCAUCCCUGUUGCUGAGAUGGGAUUCUUAAAUAUUAGAAUGGAGAUAACCAUAGCAACAGUACCUUUAGCAUUUCCCAGUACCUGGAGAGUCAGAUCCGACUUGAGGAAGUUGGAACGCCAUUGCUGGAAAAUCUGUGUAGCUGAAAGAUCUUCAAGCCACAACGCCAUGGUUGAGAUCGAGAAGAAUCAUGGCGGCAAUGGAGAAGACAAGACAAUGGUUCAAAUCUCUCUCAAAACCAUCGGUCCUUCUCCCUCUCUCCUCAAUGUCCCCUCUCUCAUCAAAGUGCAGGAUCUGAGAAGAUUGAUUGCUGGGAAGGCUCAUUUACCUAUUGAGAAUUUGAGACUUAUUUUGCAAGGGAAUGUGUUGCAUGACAACAAAAAUGGUUUAGAUGAAUUCGUCCAACUGAAUAAUGAAGAUUCACUGAUUGUUGCUGUCAAACCAAAGCCACCAGUUAAACAUAUUCAGGAUGGGCUGGAUGAAGAUGAUGAUGAAGGUAUGUGUAGAAAAUUUUAGCGGACUAGGUUGAGGUCC